AAGAUUUAUUCCCUGUAUCUCGUUUCUUCAGUUUCUUCAAAUCUUACAAAUAAAUUGUCAAAGUGUGUUAAAUAAAGAUAUAGGUUAUCAAAGUGUUAAAUAAAGAAAGCAAUUGGUUAGACCCUCUGCUUUUAUAUAUAGCAUAGAUAUUAUGUAUUCAAAUCAAUUCGAUGUGGGGCAUUUACCAGAAGAAACACGAAAUUCACGUUGUGCCUGGGUUUCAAUAAUUAUUCCACGACAAGUCGACAUUGGACGAGUGGAGCCUCUGAAUUCUGAUAAUAAGUAAAUCUUUCCAAAAAAAUAAUUUAUUUAAAUAGAAAAAAUAAUAAUAAAUAUUUACUUACAAACAUUGAAUGAUCCUAUCGAUUAUUAAAUAAGCUGGAAUGCCCAGAAAUGUGAGAGAAUCUGAUAAGGAUUGCGAGUUGCGAGUUGCGACGGCCUGCCCCUAAAACGCUUCUUCUCUCCCAACUUUCCAAGGAAAGAAAUUGUGAAGAUAGGGAACUAUGGAGAUUAUAUUAAUCUCAACCAGUACAGUUAAAGUGGAAACUAGCCCACAGCCAAUUAGCAAAAUUGAAUUGACUCCAUGGGAUCUCCGGCUCCUCCCACUAGAGACCAUUCAAAAGGGACUACUAUUUCACAAACCCAAACCACCGCAAGAGACAAAUAGCUUAAUCCAGCAUCUUAAAACCUCCCUCUCCCGCACGCUCUGCUUCUUUCCCCCACUUGCAGGUCGCCUUUCCAUCAUCGAACACGAAGACAACACAAGCUCCUUUUCCAUUGAUUGCAAUAAUUCUGGAGUCCCUUUUGUUCAUGCUGUAGGUGAUGGUGUGACAAUUGCUGAUAUCCUGGAACCCAUAUAUGUUCCGAGUCUACUAUACUCAUUUUUCACAUUGAAUGGCGUUAAGAAUUAUGAGGGUGUUUCGAAACCUGUAUUUGGAGUACAGGUGACUGAGCUUGUGGAUGGUAUCUUUAUUGGUUGCACUGCCAACCAUGUUGUUGCUGAUGGCCCAACAUUUUGGAAUUUCUUCAACUCUUGGGCUGAAAUCUCUCGAGGGUUUAAUGUAUUAUCAAAGCCGCCUUCUUUUAAUCGCGAGUUUCUAGAUGGUCUUGAUUGUCCCAUUCGCAUUCCCUUCUCAAUUGAUCACAAGAAGAGUUACUUGACAUCUGCUGAUCCUCUGCAUUUGCGAGACAGAGUAUUUCAUUUCAGUAAAGAAAAAAUUUGUGAACUCAAAUCAAGAGCGAAUGCUGAGAUUGGGACUAGUAGCAUCUCCUCUCUACAGUCACUUCUGGCUCAUAUUUGGCGAUCUUUCACUCGCAGCUGUGAUGGACUUCAUCCUGAUCAAGAGACAUGCAUUUAUUUAGCAAUUGGAGCCAGAUCAAGAGUAAAGUCAAUACCUCAGCAGUAUUUUGGAAAUGCAGUUCAGUUUGAAGCUACAACUUCAAAAGUGAGCGACAUACUUGAGCGUGGACUUGGCUAUGCGGCUUUCGAAAUGAACAAGAUGAUUGCAUUGCACACAGAAGAGAAGUUGUGGAACUCUUUCGAGUCUUGGAUAAGAAACCCAUCUCCAAUGUUGGAGAAACUUGACAAAACUGGUAAUUUGGGCACAAGCAGUUCACCGCGCUAUGAUGUUUAUGGCAAUGACUUUGGGUGGGGAAGGCCAAUUGCAGUGAGAAGUGGGGUUGCAAACAAGUCCAGGGGGAAAAUAACAGUAUUUCCAGGAGCAGAGGAAGGGAGUGUGGACAUCGAAGCUUGUCUUCCACUUGAAAUAUUGCAGGCUAUGGCAAGUGAUGCAGAGUUCAUGAAUGCUGUCUCCAUCUAAUAUUGGUCAAGUAAUAUGGAUACCUUCUUCAACCAUGGAUAACUUGGUCGGUUAUUAUGCUUGGAAGUCUCUAUUUAUGCAUGUUGUGAUUUAAAUGGCUGUGUUUGUCUGAGCAAGUAUACUCUAUCUGACUUGAGUAAUUAAGCUAUGUAGUAAGUAAUCUUUUCUUCAAAAAAAGUGCCAUGAUUCUUAAUCGUUUUGGCACUAUUUUAGCUAUGAAAA